GUCAGAUAAACACGUAUUCAUGCGUGACCACCAACAACGGACAAAAGUGUUAAUUUGUUUCUACAACUAAGGUUAAGCAGUACAACCAGCAGCCAUGGCCUCAGGUGGGGCCCCGGUGCCAGGGGCCACCCAUUGGGCCACCAAGGUGGAGCUAACCAUCUCCUGUGAGAACCUCAUGGACAUGGACGUCUUCUCCAAGUCUGACCCUCUGUGUGCCCUGUACAUCAACACGUCAGGCUCCCACUGGUAUGAGUUUGGACGCACAGAGAUGAUCCUGAACUGCCUCAAUCCAAAGUUUGCCAAGAGGUUUGUGAUCGAUUACUACUUCGAGAUGGUGCAGAGGAUGAAGUUUUGCGUCUAUGACAUUGACAAUGACACCCACGACCUGGGCGAUGAUGAUUUUUUGGGGGAGCUUGAAUGCACCCUGGGCCAGAUUGUUUCCAACAGGCAGAUGACGCGAUCUCUGUUGCUGAAGGACAAGCGGCCUGCAGGGCGUGGGACCAUCACAAUAUGUGCUGAAGAGAUAACAGACACCAGGGUGGCAAACUUUGAGGUGUCAGCCCGCAGGCUGGACAAAAAGUUUUUGUGGUGGUCCGACCCUUUCCUGGAAUUCUACAAGCAGACAGAAACUGGAUGGCAGCUGGCUCACAGGACCGAGGUGGUGAACAACAACCUAAACCCACUGUGGAGACCCUUCCGCAUCUCACUGCGAUCUCUCUGCGGAGGAGAUGUGGAAAACCCCAUCAAGGUUGACUGCUAUGACCACCACGUCAAUGGCUCUCAUGACCUUAUUGGGAGCUUUAAAGCCACACUGGCUGAGAUGCAAAUGGGAACACACGUUUCCCCUGCUGACUUUGAGUGUAUCACCCCAAAAAAGCUAAAGAAGAAAAACUACAAAAACUCUGGAGUCAUUUCCAUCAAGAACUGCCAGGUGGUGAAGGAGUACACCUUCCUGGACUUUAUUAUGGGGGGUUGUCAAAUCAACUUCACUAUUGCCAUUGACUUCACCGGCUCUAAUGGGGAUCCCAGCUCUCCCCAGUCCCUCCACUACAUCAACCCUGAAGGCUAUAAUGAAUACCUGACAGCCAUCUGGGCGGUGGGUAAUAUCAUCCAGGACUACGACAGUAACAAGAUGUUUCCUGUCUUUGGUUUCGGGGCCCAGCUCCCUCCCGCCUGGCAGGUUUCCCAUGUGUUUCCUAUUAAUUUCAAUCCAGCCAAUCCAUUCUGUGCAGGCAUAGAGGGUGUGGUGCAGGCCUACCAGCAGUGUCUUCCCCAGUUGAAGCUCUGGGGCCCCACAAACUUCUCUCCAAUUAUCAACCAUGUGGCGUGCUUCGCCAGACAAGCCCUCCGGCAGAGUGUGGCCUCCCAAUACUUUGUGCUGCUCAUCAUCACAGAUGGCGUGAUCACGGACAUGGACCAGACGCGCUCUGCUAUAGUGGAGGCCUCUCGCCUGCCCAUGUCGAUCAUCAUCGUGGGUGUGGGGGGGGCAGACUUCAGCGAAAUGGAGUUCCUUGACAGCGAUGACAAAUUGCUGCAUUCGCCCAGGGGCGAAGUCGCCUCAAGGGACAUCGUCCAGUUUGUGCCCUUCAGAGAUUUUCAAGGUAACAGCGUGGCCCUUGCCCAGAGUGUCCUGGCGGAGCUGCCUGAUCAAGUGGCCUCCUUCUUCAAUUCUCGCAAUAUGAAACCUUGUGUUUCUGAGCCGUCAGAGGCCGUUGGGUUCAAGUAGCCCCCCCAAAAAAGCCACUCAUCUUCACUCCCUAUCUGCAUGUCCUUCCCCCUCUUUCUGCAUCAACUGUAUGGAAUGGCACACAUGACUGCCAUUCAAUGAGCGUGAACAAGGACGAGCGUAAUGCGGUUUGACUUGAUCCCAAAGACACGACGGCUUGUAUUGCGCAUGUAACGCCGCGAAUGUAACGCUUGACAUGGCGGAAACGCUUUGUUGAUCGCGUGUCAUUAUUUAUUCUUUCUUUUCCGUGUAUUACGUCUUCUAUGCUAUUACUUCACUGCAAUUCCUAGAGAUGCCUUUAGUGUCUUCAUCCCCAGUGGAAAACAAUGGGCUCUCUUUGGGUCUUCGGCUUGUCGGGGCAGUGAGCUGUGAUGGUGCACAGGUGGUGUCAGCACCAUCACACUCAUGUGUUCUUCCAGUCCUGGUUGCAUCGGUACAUGCGAGCAUAGUUUAUUUUAUGUUUGGGUGUCAUUCUGAGCAUGAUCUUUAAUUUAGUACGAAGUUUGAGAGUUUGAUGUAAUGUGUGUAUUAAGCUGUGUGAUCACAGUUCUAACUUUUGUAACAUUAGGAGAACAAUUUAGAUAAACCAACACCUGCUUCCUAAAGUAUUAUUAUUUUUCCACUUGCAUCAGUGAUUUCAGCUGAUCUAUGUUCACAACAAAGACGCUGAACUGUUGCCACAAAGAAGUUUCCUCUUCUGGCACUGUGGCGGACAUACGUCAUAAUCACAGUGCAUCUAGAAUUAGGUUUAUCUAACUUUACAACUGAAUGCACUAUGCAAAGUACGCAAUAUGCAUACUUAUAAUGAAUUCAGUGACAUUUCUUAGUUUAGUGUAGUCUUUUGGAUAAUUUUAUCAUUAGGGGUUCAAGUUAGAUAGCUGGAAAGAAGAUAAAAAAAGAUAAACAACAACAACAACAACAACAACAACCUCUCGAUGUAACACUUGUGGACGUUGUGUCCACGAACGUCCGUAACACUGAACCACAGUCCUCUUCAAGUGGGUGUUUGAGGAAUCUUUCUGCUGUUAAUGCUGCAGUUUUAUCUGACUAUCAUAGCUUUGACCAAAUACUUGUGAUUUAAGUCCAGAUUGAAGGCUUGUGUGGGAAAUGUGGGCGUUUGGGUUCGCUGCAUGGAUUUCAUAAAGUAUAACAGGAAGUCUGUUUAAUCAAGCUUCCACUCUUUUUUACUAUCGCGUUUGUGACCCUUUAAUAAACCCAGUGAUUUAUUAUAUUUAGCUGAGUGAUUUACCAGUUUUAUUAUAUUUCGUGUUAACUGACAAAAUGGUGAGUAUUGCUCGUAUCCGCAGCAGACUGACUGGUGCCCCUCAACCGUGAACGAGCGCAGUGGGCCCCGCCCACCGAGCGCGCGCCUGUCUCAUCUGUUUGCGCCUCACAGCCCACAACACCGCAGCGCACGGACAGCUAGCUAGCUAACAAGGUAGGAAGUCUUAAAUGAAAACUCCUUUUCACAAUGGGCUGUUUUUAACGCUAAAGUAAAUAUGACGUGAGAGAAGGUUGUGUGCGUUGACGUUACUCGCUACUUCACGUUACUUAAAGCGACAGGCCACCUAAGUUACUAAGUUACUUUUACAGUAUCACUUUUUUUUAAACAGACAAUAUAGGCGUCAACUCGUUAAUUUCAACGUUAGGUAGUAACAUUAACGAGUACAUGUAUCUAGUAGUAAAUACCCGUUGUAUUGUAUCUACGUGAGGCGUCUCACGGGACGACGCCAGCGUCAGUAACGUUACGUCAACGCUCGCCACACCUCGGUCCGCAACGGGUUGUUCCAUUCCCGCUGCGGCAACUACAUUACGUCAUCGUCAGUAAAUUAUCUUGUGUAAUGGAUAGAGCACAUAACGCCACUACAACGGCGAGUGUUUUCCUGUGAGUCCCCGCUGUGUGGCGCAGCACACACGGCCCAGCAGCUGCACCUGAUUGAACCCGAAGGGGCCGUGUGCAUCUAGUGUGAGCCGAAGUCACAAAGUAACCCUGAACGAAUCAUACAAUGUACUGUAGACAACUAUACAUGUUAUUAACUGUAAUAAACGACUCUAUAACAC